UCAUAGGGUGGCGUUGGAACAGAGAUAGCAUUAAGACGUAGGCGUAGGAGCAGGGUAAGAGAAAACACGUGGAAUUGUAAGAUUUGUUUCUACAUUAUCAUCAACAUCAUCAUGGCUUGAAUGAAUGAAUCAAUACGAACACACACAAACCCAUUUCAAUUCAUCACUAGCCGUGCGUGUCCUUUUGUCUUGUUCUCUCUCUCUCUCUCUCUCUCUCUCUCUCUCUCUCUCUCUUUUGUGUCUCUUCAUUUUCCCUUGAAAUGCUUCCUCCACCACUUCACUCUCCUCCGGCAAUUCUUCCUCGCCGCCGUUAAACAACAACACCCAAACAAUGCAAGAAACUCUCCCUCAUCAACACCACAAACCACCUUCCAACACCCUCCUCCUCCGCUCACACCGCAUAACUCCAUCUACUCUCCCUAACGGCGACACCUACACCGGAGCCUUAUCAAAUAACAACACCCCUCACGGCACCGGAAAAUACAUCUGGUCAGACGGCUGUGUAUACGGAGGUGACUGGAAAAACGGAAAACCAAACGGUAAAGGAAGAUUCACCUGGCCAUCAGGAGCAACCUACGAAGGUGAUUUCAUCUCCGGUCGAAUGGAAGGUUUUGGUUCAUUCAUCGGUGUUGAUGGUGAUAUGUAUAGAGGAACCUGGCUAGCUGAUAGAAAAAAUGGGUUCGGUGAGAAACGUUAUAGUAAUGGUGAUGUGUAUGAAGGAUGGUGGAGGUGUAACUUGCAAGAUGGUGAAGGAAGGUAUGUGUGGAAAAACGGGAAUGAGUAUGUUGGUGAAUGGAAAAAUGGUGCUAUCUGGGGUAAAGGGGUUUUGGUUUGGGCUAAUGGGAAUCGUUAUGAAGGGUUUUGGGAAAAUGGGGUUCUUAAAGGGAAUGGUGUUUUUACUUGGUGUGGUGAGGAUUUUGAGGGGAAUGAAGUAAAACAGAAGAGAUGUGAGAUGGACGGUUCAAAGGGUGUUGUUGGUUUUCCAAGGAUUUGUAUUUGGGAGCUUGAUGGUGAAGCUGGUGAUAUUACUUGUGAGAUUGUUGAUAAUGUCGAUGCUUCUGUGUUUUACAAAGAUGGUAGUAGUGAAUCUGAAAAUAGUAGUGGUGAUAGUAGUUGUGGUUUGCUGUACAAGAGUCCUUCUUGGUCUCUUGAUGGUGGCGAGGUUAAAAAGCCUGGUCAAAUUGUGUCUAAGGGGCAUAAGAAUUAUGAUCUUAUGCUUAAUCUCCAACUGGGUAUUAGAUACACUGUUGGCAAGUAUGCUCCUGUUGUGAGAGAGCUUAGAGGAGGGGAUUUUGAUCCCAAGGAGAAAUUCUGGACUAGAUUGCCAAUGGAAGGAUCCAAGUUUGCACCUCAACAUCAAUCAGUGGACUUCAGGUGGAAAGACUAUUGUCCCAUGGUGUUCAGACAUCUAAGGGAAUUAUUUGCCAUAGAUCCUGCGGAUUACAUGCAUGCUAUUUGUGGAAAUGAUUCACUCAGAGAGAUGUCUUCUCCUGGCAAAAGUGGAAGCAUCUUUUACCUCACUCAAGACGACCGUUUCAUAAUCAAAACGGUGAAGAAAUCUGAAGUCAAGGUGCUUAUCAGAAUGCUUCCACGUUACUACCAACAUGUUUGUCAAUACAAGAACUCUUUGGUAACUGCAUUCUUAGGGGCACAUUGUAUCAAACCUGUUGGAGGUCAAAAGAUUCGGUUUAUUGUGAUGGGCAAUGUGUUUUGUUCGGAGUAUCGAAUCCAUAAAAGGUUUGAUCUCAAAGGUUCUUCUCAUGGUCGAAUCACCGAUAAACCCCGGGAGGAAAUCAAUGAGACGACCACUCUCAAAGACCUUGAUCUUGAUUUUGUCUUUCGCCUAGAGCAGUCUUGGUUUCAAGAGCUUAAACGGCAACUUGAUAGAGACUGUGAGUUUCUAGAAGCUGAGGGAAUCAUGGAUUACAGUCUUUUAAUUGGCCUUCAUUUCCGCGAUGAUUACUCAGUUGAUGAAAUGGAAAGUUCACCGCGUGAUAUGCAGUCAGCAGGCAAGAGAGACAUGCAUGAUGAUGAGAUGCACAUGCCCCGGGGACCCUUAAUCCGGCUAGGAAUGAACAUGCCUGCCAGAGCUGUGAGGGUGUGUAGUGGAAGUAGCAACAAUUCUACUCCUUGUUCAGAGAGUAGUAGUGAGAUCUCUGAUGUGAUCCUCUACUUUGGUAUCAUUGACAUUCUCCAAGACUAUGAUAUUAGCAAAAGGAUAGAACAUGCGUACAAGUCACUACAAGUGGAUUCUACUUCCAUCUCAGCCGUUGGUCCAAAACUAUACUCCAAAAGGUUUAGGGAUUUCAUACACAGAAUCUUUGUUGAAGACAAAUGACACAGACACAUGUUUGGACAAAAAUCAACGGGACCUAUGCAAGAAAGAAAAUGUUCCAAACAUAGGUCAUUGGCAUCAAAUUAAAUCCAUUAGAUUAGUAUAUAGUGGUUGUUGAUGGCUAAAUUUUUCUUAUAGCCAUUUCAAGUAUUAUAAUAUGGGUGGGGGGAGAAAAAUCGAGACACCACUUAUGUCAAUGUUUUUUCCCUUUUGUAGUGGGGAGUGGUUGUCACAAUAGCUUAUGCAUAUAAAAAUCACACGGCAUGAUUAGUUUUUCCUUUUAAUUGCUUA